AUGACCGUCAAGAAGAGGAGACUCGUCGAGGAGCUUCACGCGCCCGCGCGAAGAAACUUUCCGCGUCGUCGAGUCGUGGUGUGUUACAACGACCUGUGGCAGGCCGAUGUCGUCGAGAUGCGUCCGUACGCGCGACGAAACAAAGGCUACAACUACGUGAUGACGAUCAUCGACGUGUUGAGCAAAUACGCGUGGAUUGUGCCGCUGAAGAGCAAGAGGAAGCGAGGUAGCCGCGGCGUUAUCCAAGAUAUUUCGCGACGACGCUCGACAUCCGCGAAAUCUACAAACGGACAAGGGUACGAUAUACGCCACUACUCGACGUACUCGGUGAUGAAGGCGGCGGUUGUGGAGCGAUUUAAUCGCACGCUCAAGAACAACAUGUGCAAGCUCUUCACGCUCAACGGAUCGUACAGAGCUUGA